AUGGCGCCGAAGCAGGGCGAGGCGCUCCUCCCCCAGCUGAGCCAAAUCGCCGCCGAGCUCGCCGAGUACGAGCAGAGCGAGCUGGGGAUCGACCACACGGACCUUGCUGCAUCGGAUACAGCGCAGCACAUGGAUGAUACGGGCUACUUUAGCAUCGAGGUGCUCGACCGCGCAUUCAAGACAUGGGACAUGAGCUUGGUGCGCUGGAGGAAGCAGUCGCUGCAGCAACGCCACGAGCACCCCGAGCGCGAGUUUGCGUUCGUGCUCAAUCUCGGGAGCCACUGGCUCGCGGUUCGCGGGUUCAACCUCAACAGCUUCUUUGCCAAGCCGCAGUGGCUCGGCGAGGCAUACCUCGGCACGUUUCUGCACGCGGCGGAACAAGAGGGAUACUCUGUAUUUGUCGUGGAGCACGAAGGCGUCGCGCCGCCGGACAACAUUGCCGACGACGUUGCCGACGCCGGCGACGAAAAUGGGACGCAGCAGGAGCCUAUCUCAAUUUCGGACGACGAAGAUCCGGAACUGCAGGAAGCCCUGCGCCUCAGCCGCGAAGAGUACGCGGGAAACGGCGAUGUGCAGUCCUUGACGCCCCGCCGCCGCCGCACACGCGAACCUACGUCGGGGUCGGAAGAGGAAAACGACGGACACGUCGACGCCAUUGCCCCGACACGCAACCGCUCACGCAACGACGAUCUCGUGGAAAGCCUCCCGGUCAGCGGCCAUCGCAGCCGCCGCCGGUCGCAAGCACACGAGGCAAUGCAAGAUACCAGCACCGACCUGCAGGGGCUCCGUGCAUCCCGCUCGCGACGCAACUCGCGGCGGCAGUCAUCCCCCGACGUGUUUGACGACGAAGAGAGCAACGUGCGCCAGUCGCCGUUCCUGCACGCCGUCGCGACGAGCUCGCUGCUCAACGAAGAUGUCCAAGAGAUCGACGAGCUCUCGGACUCGGACAUUGAGGAGGUGCCGCGCCCUGCGCCUGCGCCACAGCUCAGCGAGGACGACGAGCAGCUGCAGGCCGUCAUUGCUGCAAGUCUUGGACAGCCCUACGAAGUAUCGGAGCGCCUCUUGUCCCAUGCGAAUCGCGAGCUGAACACGCGCCCUGCGCCGCAGCCGAUUCCCGAGGACGUCGAGCGCAUCCGGCGCAUGCGCGAGAGCGCGAACCAGCCUACACCCCCGCCAGCGCCCGAGCCAGCGCCGGAACCAGCGCCCGAGGCGCCAGAGGAGGAAGAGGACGAGGACGAGGACGAGGAACAAGUUUCUCCUGAAGAAAUGCGCCGCCGAAGACUUGCGCGGUUUGGAUAG